AUGACUGAGGAAACUGUGUUACAUAUUACGAAUGGAUCACCAACUCCAACCUUUGCGGAAAAAGUGAAGGUACGUCAAACAUUACAGCCUACGGGUGUUGAUGUUAGUAGUCUGCCAAAUCCCACGUUAAUUAAUGGAGAACCUUCUUUGGUAAUCCCUACCUAUUUUUACCAGGAAGGUUGUAAGCCUUUUGAGUUUAGCUUUAUUGCAAGACUCAACUUCAUUGGUUUGAAGUUUUUGGAGGUGAAGAACAAUUUAGUUACUCAAUGGAAGCUAAACCCUAACUCCGUUAGGUUUAUGUCUAUGAGUAAGGGUUUCUUUGUAGUUAUGUUGCGUGAUGAGCAAACAAAAGCCAGAAUCCGUAACAGGAAAUGGUUUGUUAAUCAACAAGAGCUACGUUUGAUGGAUUGGUACCCUGGUUUCGAACCUGAAAGACAAAAUACUUCCCGUGCACCUGUUUGGGUUCAUCUCCCGGGUCUUCAUGCAGAGUUAUGGACUGAGAGAUCUUUGCUAUCCUUUGGGAAAGCAGUUGGUAAUCCGAUUGUAGUUGAUCAAAGAACAUUGAAUCUGGAGUUUGGAAGCUAUGCAUCAGUGCUGGUUGAUGUAGAUUUUGCAAAACACAUUCCUGACAGAAUUCUACUAACAGCUGGUGAGAGAACUUUCUGGCAAUAUGUGGAGAUACCUAAGCAUCCAAAAUUCUGUUUGCAUUGUAACAUUAUUGGACACAGUGAGAGUGAGUGCAGGAGGAAACCAAAGUCUGAUGAAUCUGUCAAGGAGAUGGAGGAUACACAAGACUGGCAGGAAGCUAAAGGUAAGAAGCGAUCACGCAAUCGUAAGAAGAAUAAAAAUCAAGAAGGUACUAGUGGUGUUGACAAGUCAGGCGAAACUGGUGAAUUUGCAAACACUGGUGCGGGGGAAACUGGUAAUGUGCCUGGUGCGGGUAAAGAUAUUAAUAUACCUGUUACUGUUGGGGAGAAUGCUGCUGGUAAGGAGGAUACUAGUCAGCUUGAAGAGGUGCUGUGCUGGCUGCUUCUGAAGCUCAGCUUCGUGCAGCGUCUGACGCUGUUCAGACAGCUAAACAGGCGCUUGCUGCGAAAAUAG